CCGGAUGCGCAGCGUGGGGACGCGGGCGCGCUAGGCGGCAGGACUUGCUUCCGGCCGUGUUGGUGUUCUGUGGCGGAGGGAAAAUGGAGACAAUUCUGGAGCAGCAGCGGCGGUACCAUGAAGAGAAGGAACGGCUCAUGGACGUCAUGGCCAAAGAGAUGCUUACGAAGAAGUCCACGCUCCGAGACCAGAUCAAUUCCGACCACCGCACUCGGGCCAUGCAAGAUAGGUACAUGGAGGUCAGCGGGAACCUGCGAGAUCUGUAUGAUGACAAGGAUGGGUUACGAAAAGAGGAACUCAAUGCCAUUUCAGGACCCAAUGAGUUUGCUGAAUUCUAUAAUAGACUCAAACAGAUAAAGGAAUUCCACCGGAAACACCCGAAUGAGAUCUGUGUGCCCAUGUCGGUGGAAUUUGAGGAGCUCCUGAAGGCUCGAGAGAAUCCAAGUGAAGAGGCACAGAAUUUGGUAGAGUUCACGGAUGAAGAGGGCUACGGUCGUUACCUGGAUCUCCAUGACUGUUACCUCAAGUACAUCAAUCUGAAGGCAUCUGAGAAGCUGGAUUAUAUCACAUACCUGUCUAUUUUUGACCAAUUGUUUGACAUUCCUAAAGAAAGAAAAAAUGCAGAGUAUAAGAGGUACCUGGAGAUGCUGCUGGAGUACCUGCAGGACUACACAGACCGUGUGAAGCCCCUCCAAGACCAGAAUGAACUUUUUGGAAAGAUUCAGACUGAAUUUGAGAAGAAGUGGGAGAACGGUACCUUUCCCGGUUGGCCGAAAGAGACGAGCAGUGCGCUGACCCAUGCUGGAGCCCAUCUGGACCUCUCUGCCUUCUCCUCCUGGGAGGAGUUGGCCUCCUUGGGUCUGGACAGAUUGAAAUCUGCUCUGUUAGCUUUAGGCCUGAAAUGUGGUGGGACCCUGGAAGAGCGCGCCCAGAGGCUGUUCAGCACCAAAGGAAAGUCCCUGGAGUCCCUGGACACCUCCCUCUUUGCCAAAAAUCCCAAGUCAAAAGGCACCAAGCGAGACACUGAAAGGAACAAAGACAUUGCUUUCCUAGAAGCUCAGAUCUAUGAAUAUGUUGAAAUUCUUGGGGAACAGCGGCAGCUCACUCAUGAAAACGUGCAGCGCAAGCAGGCGAGGACAGGAGAAGAGCGAGAAGAGGAAGAGGAGGAGCAGAUUAGUGAGAGCGAAAGUGAAGAUGAAGAGAAUGAGAUCAUUUACAACCCCAAAAACCUGCCGCUUGGCUGGGAUGGCAAACCCAUUCCUUACUGGCUGUAUAAGCUGCACGGCCUGAAUAUCAACUAUAACUGUGAGAUUUGCGGAAACUACACCUACCGGGGCCCCAAGGCCUUCCAACGGCACUUUGCUGAAUGGCGUCAUGCUCAUGGCAUGAGGUGUUUGGGCAUCCCAAACACUGCCCACUUUGCUAAUGUGACCCAGAUUGAAGAUGCUGUCUCCUUGUGGGCCAAGCUGAAACUGCAGAAGGCUUCCGAGCGAUGGCAGCCAGACACUGAGGAAGAAUAUGAAGACUCCAGUGGGAAUGUUGUGAAUAAGAAGACGUACGAGGAUCUGAAAAGACAAGGACUGCUCUAGUGGCCUGGGCCACAGCCCAGCUCAUAGGCGUGCCCAGGCUGCCCCUGGAUCUGCUCUUUCUAUUUUCCCAACCCAGGGCUCUGAAAGACUUGCUACAUAAUGGUCUUGUGGAAUGGUGGCAUGCAUCUUGUAGAAACAAGGCAUGCUGGCAGAAUGCGGGGUUGAGGUAUUUUAUCUUUGUUUUAUAUUAAAAAAAAGUUCGGUAGUAAAAUAGUAAAACCAGCUCUUGUUCUGAA